AUGUCAACGCUGCUUCACACCUUGCAAACCGAGUUUGAUAAAUUUUACGACUCUUCUUCGAGGGAACCUAUCACCAAGAGAUGUGCUGAAGAGACACAGACAUUUAAGUUGCAACUGAAGAAGCUGAAAGCUCAUCUGGCGAAGCACAUCCAAGACUCAGAGUCAGCGAGUAGUGAAGGAAACGAAAUAGAAAAGGAGAAGAGUAAGAGGAGAAAGGAUUACGUGGUGGACAAGCUGAGGAAAUCGCACAAGUCAUGGGAUCAGUCGCUCAAGAAGCAAGUGAAGCAUUUAUCUCAGCAGCAUGCGAGGUUUGGAAGGGUAGCCUUGGUUAAACUCUUCGACUUUGGUGGCAUUGAUGAUGUUUACGUGAAUAAACUUCCUGCAGGCUCGAAGAAGGCUGUUGAUGGGGCCAUUAGUUUCCAUAUAUCGAGAUACAACAUAGGGAACUUGUCGGUUAAUGGCGGUGCAGAAAUGACAAGGUACUUGAAUGAUAUGUACGGAAUCCCGGAAAAGACAUCCUCCAAAUUCGUUGAGAUGGGUCAGAUUGUUCAAGAUUUGAAGCUUGGCGACUCUACAAGUUGUCGCAAAUGGUGUGUGGAAAAUUCUCCCUUGAUUUUCGAAUUAUACGUUUUAGAAUGCUUACAACUGUUUGCAAGAGGUAACACUCUUGAGACUUAUCACCACCUUACGGCAAAGUUACCGCCAUGUUCAUUCCAUCAGAUAACCAAACAUGUGUCACCGAUUCUCACGCAGCUUGUGCUCGGGCAGACCAUUCAGAAUAUCGAUGAGGCUAUUCAACUUCAGUUGAAGAAGUGCAUUUCAUUGUUCACCAAGGAAUACUGUGCAAGGAAAAACCUGCCCUUCGAUUCACCGUUGUUUUUGAUUGUCCUAAGUGGUGUUAUCUCCUUUAAAUUCUUCAUGAAAUAUACGACUAUCAGGGCUGCUUCUCAUGUUGACUGGACUACCGAAGAUGAGCUGCCAUUUGAUGUGCAGCUGCCCAAUUUCCUAUGUCAUUUCCAUCCCAUAUUCAUCUGCCCGGUCCUGAAGGAGGAAACCACCGAGGAUAAUCCUCCUUAUUCACUUCCCUGUCAUCACAUUCUUUCGAAAAAAUCGAUGGAGCGUUUGUCAAAGAAUGGGACGUCCACUUUUAAAUGUCCUUAUUGCCCCGUUAACGCCUCCAAGUCUAAGACCAGAAGGGUCAAUUUUGUAAUGUUGUAG